GUUAUGUUUUCAAUUUUUCAUUAAACGUGGUGUCGUGACUGCAUGUAUUGCUAUUUCACUUCACACCUAAUUAAAUUAGUGAUAGUAUUUAUUCGCCGUCGAAUCAAUUAUCGUCGAGUUUCACCUCACGUGAGCAAAGUGGACCUUGUACUCCUACUGCUAUUCGCGGUUAUCUCCUAGAUGUUCAACAAACAGUUCAGCGCAAACUUCAGUGCUAAGUUUUCCUCUCUUUUUAUGAACAGUACAGUCAGCGAAUGAUACAGAUUAAGUACCUCAAUUUUUCUGUCGUGUUGAGCAUAUUCAGACCAUUCAACGGUGCAAUUAAAUGAUUCAACAAGACAUUACUCUUUAUUCCAUUUAGUUCUUGAGAUUGUUACUUACAAAUUGAAUGAUGGACCUUCUAACAAAUGCUGUUAUUCCGCCCAAUUAAGAGAAGUACAAUUUUUAAGCACAAAUCCAGUGUCUGGUGAAAUGGCUCCUCUCCGUUUUUGUAGAAACAUUAACUUCCUGUGGGCUUCGACAGAAAGUAAAAUUCAUCGUGCUUUUAAUAGAAGCAUCACUACUUCCACAGUAUCGAGUAAGAAAUAUGAGGAGGCACCCCCCACAAAUCCAGCUGAACGAAGUAUAUUUGCUGUGAAGAAAGGUUUGCAGCGCCUUAAAAAGCGACUAGAUGACCCUAACAAUGAGUAUCCAGAAUUAACCAAGGCUGAAAAGUUUCGAUCCUUUCCCACUGCGACUGAUGUUCUUGUCAUCGGUGCUGGUGCAAUGGGGAGCUCAGUUGCUUACUGGCUGAAAGAAGAGGCCGGUGAUGCUUUAGACGUUCUUGUGAUUGACAAAGACUUUUCGGUAAUGGAAGAUGUUUCAAGACUCUCGGAGUAUGCCAAAGCAUCAACUGUUUUGUCCGUCGGUGGUGUAAGACAACAAUUCUCUCUGCCAGAAAACAUCAAAAUGUCUUUGUUUGGGGCUGAGUUUCUUCAGAAUAUCGAGCACUACUUGUCUAUUCCUAAUGAAUUUACUCCAAAUAUCCAGUUUCAGCCUGAUGGUUACUUAUUUCUUGCCACUGAAAAGAGUGCACAUAUCCUCGAACAAAAUUCCAAGCUUCAAUGGGAAUUAGGUGCCAAAAAUGAACUUCUAACUCCAGCAAAGUUGAAAAAGAAGUUUCCUUGGAUUAACACUGAAGGCAUUUGCUUAGGUUGUCAUGGAUUGCGAAAUGAAGGGUGGUUCGACCCUUGGACUUUGCUUCAAGCAUUCAAGUCAAAAGCUAUGUAUUACGGAGCAAAAUUUUAUGAGGGUGAAGUCAUACACUUUCAAUUUGAUGAACAAGUCAUAGCAGAAUGUCAUCACACUGGUGAACGACAUCCAGCUCUGGAAAAAGCUUAUAUCAAAAUUGGCCCUGAUGAAAUCAAGGAAGUUCAGUUUGCUAUAUGCGUUAUCUGUGCUGGUCCAGAAUCAGGGAGACUUGCCAAGUUAGCAGGAGUUGGCAGUGGAGCAGGAGUGCGAUCUAUUGAAUUACCCAUAGUACCUAGGAAACGAUACGUUUUUACUUAUCGCUGUCCGGAUGGUCCCAGUUUGAACUGUCCUCUGACAGUUGACCCAUCUGGGGUGUACUUCAGACGAGAGGGCUUUGGAAACCUUUAUUUAGCUGGCCUCUCACCUGAACCUGAUGAAGAGCCUAAUCCUGAAAAUCUAGAGGUAGAUUAUGAGUGGUUUGACGAAAAAAUUUGGCCACAAAUAGCGAAGCGUGCUCCUUGCUUCGAAAACAUCAAAUUACUAAAUGCAUGGGCUGGUUACUAUGAAACUAAUCUUUUCGAUGAAAAUGGCAUUGUGGGGCUGGCACCAUCCCAUUCUAAUUUAUACAUCGCAGCAGGUUUCAGUGGUCAUGGUAUUCAACAGUCUCCAGCUGUAGGACGAGCCAUCAUGGAACUUAUUAUGUACCAUAAAUUUAUAAAAAUCGAUCUUGAAAGGUUGUCACCUGAAAGAAUACUCCUUAACAAACCUAUUUACGAGUCGAAUAUUGUUUAAAUUUGGAAAUGACCCUCUGCAGGCAGUCGCCUCUAAUCAUAAAGAUUGACUUACAACUAUGUGACUUUAUUUCUGUAGAUUCUGAUGCUAUUUCACUAUCAAGUUAAGUACCUACUGACCUACUUUUUGGGAGAUUUUAAGUAAGAUUUUUUUGAAAUUUUUCUUCCAAUUCUCCUGUAAGCUGGGUGUCAGACACUCAAAAGACAUUUCCACUGUGUUUUAAGCUGUGUGUUUAGCAAGAAAUGCAGCCUUAAUUUUUAUUGGAGCCAAUCUAACAUAAUUCUCCUUUGAGAUAGGAUUUUUUCAUAUUAUCUUAGAUACAAUGCAUGAUUUUAGAAAAUCUGAGCAUCCAAAUUACCUGUACUUCCAGAAUAAGCAUUUCUACCCUGAAGUACAUAUUUAUUCUGAAAAAACAAAUUUUACAGAUGCCAAGGAGGAGGAUGGGUAUCGACACUGGCCAUUUUAGUUAGGGUCAAUCCUUUUCCUUAACUGGACCAUUUUUUUGCUCAUUGAGAGUCUAUUUUUCACGGAAUGCAAUAUGAUUUGAUCAUUUCUGGUCUCUUUUCAGAUCUAAUACUGAUCUAAACAUGGGUCUGAAGGCCGAUUUCAGCGAAAAUAAUUUUUCAGGAUUCAACUGCGAAAUUAGCGUUUUGUGCUUAAAUCUGCCUUCGAACCCAUGUUUAGGGUUUUAGGAUCUAUAGAGAGACCGGAAAUGACCAAAUCAUGAUGUACUCUGUACAACAUAGACCUUCAAAGAGCAGAAAAUCUUAGAUUAAAGGAAGUUCAGGGUCGGCCCAAAAAUUACUCAUAUGUAUCAUUACUCUUCCUUCGCUAAAUCUGUAUUGAAGUACUGUAGACCUGGUUCAGCACAGCAGUAUGCUAAGGAAUUUUGAAUUCUGCAGCUUUUUACAAUAUUUUUUAUGGAGUUCAAAGAAGUUCUAAAGAAGUUGCUUAAUAUUUGACUUAAUAUUUGAGUCUAGCCUCUUAAUAAAUGCAAGUUUUUGUUCAUGAUUGUUAGCUGUUGCAAUUAUUUCAAUUAUUUUAGUUUGUGUAGUAGUAUGCGUAUCAUCGAAAAGAGAGGGGUAAGUCCUUUUAAGCUGUACUUCCAUCAUAAAAAUAUAUCAACAGUGAAACCUCCAAACAAAGUAACUUGUUUGCUUUGCUUUAAAAGCUCCGCUCUUUAAUCUCUUUUUAAAGGAGAAGAAAUCAUCAUCAUUUCUUGAGAUUUUCACAGUAUUCUCUUAGCACAGCAAAGGAAAAUUUGUAAAAUUUACGUUGACUAAAUUUCUGUUAAAAACAUAAAGUAUAUCAGGGAAUCUGCACUACCGCAUACUGAGAUACAUGGUUUGGAAGAGUCACUGUCAUUAUGCUAAUGCUUAUGGUAUGGGUUAAAAUCGAUUUUAGGCUGAAGAGAGUGGGAUCCCCUUAGAGCGUCUAUCUUAACAGAUGAAUUAAAUUUAAUGAACCCCUCCAAAAUUAGGCAGCAUUGGAUUCCACACAGGUAUCACUGAUGUUCAAAUGAAGUAUUUCAAUUAUAUGUAUUAUGUUACUGAUAA